GGGUAUCGGUGCAGUAAAACUUGGGAGUGAGUGUAGAACAGUAACCCAAGAGGGAGAAACUGUCUGCUUCUGCAACAAUGGCGGAUAGAAAGUCGAGCUCCAAACCCAGGGGUUUGCCCAUUAUGGGGAAGCAGAGGUCUUCCACCGCCGGACAUGCCGGAAGAACUGCCAGAGCUAAUAAGGAUCCAAAUGGUGUUCUUGAUGAUCAUGAAGCUUCUUCUACUUCUGCUGGCUGUAUGUGCGCUGUGUUUCAUCUCUUUGAUUUUCAUCCUUUGAAUCAACACCACCAUCACCCUCCUCCUCCAUCACACCCUGUUUCUCUCAACCCACUUGAUCAUCGUAUUUCCACAGGUACUGAAGCUCCAAGAAACAGUUUGGAAUCAGAGGAAGAAUCUCCAUUAUCAUGUACUCGAAAACAAAAACAGGAUGCUCUGCAUUUCCCAAAGGGUGUUCUUCAAAUCAAAACCAAAGGAUCACGAAAUAAUGAGGCGAAGGAGAAAUUUUCCGGCGACUCUCCGAGCACCAAGACGCCGACUUUAGUGGCGAGAUUAAUGGGUUUGGAUCUUCUUCCUCAAUCAAACUCUCCUUCAACCACACCAAGAACAGCCUCUGCUUCUCCUCUUAAUUACCCAAUUCUUCAUAAGCAGCAAAGAACAGCCUCUCGUUCCUUACCGGAAACCCCAAGAAGUUCCUGUGAAAGAAGAUCAAAUGUGGAAAAUUAUCACCCACGCCUUUCACUUCAAAUCCCCAAUUAUGAUAAAGAAAAUGCAAGCCCAAGCCCAAGUCCAAGCCAUUACGCUAAGGAAAUUGUGAAGCAAAUCAAAGAAAGUAUGAGUAGAAAAGGUGGUCUCAAUGAUAUCACCAACUAUGCAAGAAGAGAUCAUGAAAUGGUUAACCAAACAAAACCCAGAAAGGUAUUAUCUUGUUCUUCGGUAUCUCCGAGACAGAGAGUAGUGGAGCCGAAGAAUUUGAACAAACCGAAGCAAAAAGUGAUAUCAAAGGCGGCGUUGAAGAAGAGUAAUAAGCAAGAGGAGCCAUUUGUUGUCCCCUCGAGAAUCACCAAGGCCGCCAUUGACAGUCCUCUUAAGAAAACUCCAUUGUCGGAUAAGCUUUUGAGCUUUAGCUCUGUUCCGACCGUUGUCAUCAAGAAAAACCCCCCAUUUUCCUCACCCAUUAAACCAACUCCAAUGCAGCCGCCGCCGUGCAAUCGGGAUCAAGCUGCAGGACAGACGGGCGAUAAGGAAUCAAAGCGAUGCCUGCAGUCAUCGAACCACCAAUCCCACUUUCCAAUUCAUCAUCAUCACCAACACGUCAUCCAAUUACCACCCAUUAAUAAUAUCAACAUCACAACCGCUUCCGCCGCCGCCAACCGCCGUAACCACCACGACAUCACGGCAGAGGUGGAGUACAUUAGACAAAUUCUCCUCCGCCGUAGUACUACUUCCACAUCAGUGUACUCCUCUGUUAAUUUCCUUGAAAAUGGCAACACCCAUCAUAAUAUUUCAAUUACCCAUAGAAAAUUACUCUCCCACUUGGUGGAAGAGUUGCUGAAGCCGUACAUCGAGCGUAGGCCGUAUCGGCGGUCGGCGGCGGAGCGGUGGGCGGAGGUGGUGGAGAAAGUAUGCGAGAAAGUUAGAAAGUUCCCACGUGCGAAGUGUGAGGUGUUGGAGGACAUAGAUGGAAUAAUUGAAAAAGAUAUGGACAUUUUGGGAAUUGGAUUUGAAGAAGAAGAUGAAGGGAUAGUGAAAGACAUCGAGGAGUGGGUGGUGGAGGAGCUUUUGAACGAAACGGUGCGUUUUGUUUCGGAGGUUCGAGUCGGAGAGAGCGUUGUUGGUUUAGUUUAGGUGGUGGACAGAAAUGGCAGAAGAAUCACGUGGGAGAUGCCACUUGGAUGAUCAGGACCCACAUAGCUGGGGUUAAACUGCAGCGUAGGAGUUACACGUGGAUUGUUGACCCGCCAGACAAGCACUGAGAUUUUUCGGUUCUGAAAAAUACAGUAUUUAUUACCAGAGUGUCCUCCUCUGUACAAAUUUUAUUUCUAUCCCUAAAUUUCCCUAAAUUACAAAAAGAAACCCAUUUCAUUAA